AUGGACAGCCCAGAGUUGCUUAAAAUUGAGCUCCAAAGAUUAAAGAAUGACUAUGAAAAUGAGCUGUCUAUAGAUCAUGUAAUGCCCAAAACGCAAUUCGAUUAUGCUUGCUUAUUAAUAUGCUCGUCAGAUUUAAAAAAUAUAAAACUUGCCUCAUCACUAUUACAUGAACUAUUACUUAUAAAUUAUAAUCGUAUCGAUUGCUUAUAUCAAUUAGCUAUAGCACAUAUAAAGUUAAGAGAUUAUAAAAAGGCAAAAAAUUAUUUAAAUGCUUUAUUAAAAAUAGAUGCAAGAAAUACUAAUGCAUUAGCACUAAAAAGUUUAUUAUUUGAUAUGAUAUCAUCGGAUGGACUUAUAGGAGGCUUGUUGAUUGCCCUUACAGCAUGUGGUGUUUAUUUGUCUUUUAAAUCUUUUAAAUAUUUUUAA